UUAUAACCCACGGGAUAACAACACACAUCAGACACCCGGAAGGUUGAAACGCGCGUCCAGCAGAGCAGAAUGAAUCGCUUCAAGACUUCCAAAUUCAAGAAUACCACUCCAAAAAUCCCCAAGAAAGAUGCUUGGAUCGCUAAUGUACGAGGAGGUUCCUUCUCUUCUCAGGGCAACCACAUCAAAUCCAGCUGCAGCCUUGUGGCCUUCAACACAGAUCAAGCUGGAGGUGGAAUGGUCGGUCUGUCUUCGGUGAAUCCUGGAUCUGAUGGGAAAUGGAUUGUGACCCAGAUUCCAUGUCACGCUGACCUGGUGACUGAUCUGGAUUUCUCACCAUUCGAUGACUACAUCCUGGCAACCUGCUCGGCAGAUGAGACAGUGAAACUGUGGCGUGUGUGUGAUCCGGAUCAGGAUCAGCCGAGCAGUCCUGAGGUGACUCUGAGUCCGGGAGACGGACGAUUGGAAAUCGUUCUCUUCCACCCUACGACCUCAGGCCUGAUCGCUGUGGCAUCCACAAGAGGAGUUCAUGUGUGGGACACCACGAGAGACUCCGCCCUGACAGUACUGGAGCAGCACGCUGAUCAGCUGCAGGGUUUGGCCUGGAAGGAAGAUGGUUCUCUGUUGGCUUCAUCCUGCAAGGACAAAAAGCUGCGUAUCUUUGACCCGCGGGCCCAGCCGUCAGCUGUUCAGUGCGCACAGGGCCUUCAAGGUAAUAAAGACUCGCGCAUUCUCUGGAUCAAAGAUGACAACUUAAUCACCACUGGCUUUAAUCAGGUACGUCAACAGGAAGUGAAGCUCUGGGACAGAAGGAAGUUGAGCUCGUCUCUCAGCACAGUGUCUUUGGCCACCUCCAAUGCGACACUAAUGCCUCUGUUUGAUCCAGACUCUGGACUGCUUAUAGUGUCUGGAAAUGGUGAGAGCGUGAUCGACUGUUUUGAGGUGACUGCCAGCGAGCCCUUCCUGUCGCAAGUGAGUCACUGUUUGACGGACACAUCGACCCGCGGCGUGGCUCUGGUGCCCAAACUCGCUCUGGACGUCAGUGUCUGUGAGAUUUUACGUGUGAUGCAGUUCACGGACAACUUCAUAGUGCCCAUCAGCUACCAGGUGCCUCGCAAGGCAGGACAGGACUUCCAUGCGGACUUGUUUCCGGACACUGUAGGUCACACUCCGGCUAUGACGGCAGACGAUUGGUGGAAAGGAGAAAACAAACAGGUUGAGAGAGUCAGUCUUCACCCAAACAAGACGCCAAAGCCCAACUCAGCGUCGCCAAAGGAUCUGCCCCGUGGCAAGAGCAAAGAGGUCAGUGAGAGGAACAUGAGAAAAUGUCCAACUGUUUUCUCUCUUGAAAUGAUCUUUGAGAAUGAUUAUUGCUUUCUCUCUUGUUCUCAGGAGCCCUCGACCUCCAGCAGUACCUUGAGCUCCCCCAGCAUCAGUGCCGCCCCAUCGCGUUCUCCUUCCUCCACCAGUGGUCUGUCAUCGGGCUUCCUGCAGAGUCCAAGCCCGAGUCAGAGCUCCCGCGCCAUCCAGAAUAUGCUUGGUCCGAGUUCGAAGUUCCGUCACAUUCAGGGAAGCGUUCUGCACCGAGACUCCCACAUUACCAACCUGCGUGGACUUCACCUGACCACACCAGGAGAGUGUGAUGGAUUCUGUGCCAACAGGCAGCGUGUGGCAGUUCCACUCGCCAUCGCCGGAGGACAGAUCGCUGUAUUUGAGCUGUCCCAGCCAGGAAAGCUGCCUGACACAGCCCCGCCAACUGUCCAGAACGUCGUCAGUGUGGCUGACUUCUGCUGGGAUCCCUUUAACCCAUACAAACUGGUUGUGGCUGGUGAUGAUGCCAAGAUCCGCGUCUGGCAUAUUCCUAAGGGAGGCCUGAAGGAAACCCUGACUGAGCCGGACAGCAUUUUGCAGGGACACACUGAGAAGAUCUACUCCAUCAAGUUCCACCCUCACGCAUCCGGCCUUCUGGUGUCCUCAUCAUAUGACCUUACAGUGCGACUGUGGAACCUGGAUACUGGAGUAGAGAUCAAACGACUCAGUGGACAUCAGGAUCAGAUAUUUGGAAUAGCUUGGAGUCCAGAUGGGAAACUGUUGGCCACUGUGUGCAAGGAUGGAAAAGUGCGUCUGUACGACCCACGUGGAUCCACUCUGCCUGUCCAGGAGGGCCCAGGGCCUGAGGGCCAGAGAGGGGCCCGUGUAGUGUGGGUCUGUGAUGGCAAGUACCUGCUGGUGUCUGGAUUCGACUGUCGCAGUGAAAGGCAGCUGUACCUGUUCUCCACUGACACCUUGGCCUCCGGUUGUGUGGCUACAGCACCUGCUGACGUGUCUCCCUCCACCCUUAUCCCGUUCUAUGACCCCGACACCAGUGUCCUCAUACUUACUGGAAAGGGUGACACACGGGUUUAUAUAUAUGAGAUUGUGCCAGAAGCGCCUUACUUUAUGGAAUGUAGCAGUUUUAAUUCCUCUGAACCACACAAGGGAUUGUGCUUCCUGCCGAAGACUGAGUGUGAUGUUUGUGAUGUUGAGGUGGCCCGAGCCAUCAGACUCAGCAAGACCACCAUUGAACCCCUGGCCUUCAGAGUGCCUCGUGUUAGAAAAGAGUUUUUUCAGGAUGAUGUGUUCCCUGACACUGCAGUGUGGUGGGAGUCAUCUCUGACCGUGACUGACUGGCUCUCAGGAUCCAAUGGACAACACCGCAAAAUCAGCCUGAGGCCCAAAGACAUGAUGCCCAUUAGUGAAGCACCAAAAGAGGCUCCAGUGAGGAAAUACCUGCCCUCAUCUGUCUAUCUGGAGGAGAAAACUGAUGAACAGAAGAAAGAGGAGUUGCUCAGUGCUAUGGUGGCCAAGCUGGGUAACAGAGAAGAUCCACUGCCACAGGAGUCUUAUGAGGGCGUGGAUGAAGACGAGUGGGACGACUAAUCACAAGCUUUGCCUUGCGGUCCAGUCAGGGUGUCAACAGCAGACGAAGAACACAUCUGCUGUAUUUUAAUCUUGCCAUUCUAGUGUGCCAACAAACCUCUGAGCCACGAAAACAUUCCUCAAUGCUCUUCAGCUUCCUCUCCAUACUUCUGAUUCACUCUCAUACACUCCAGUGCCUCUGUUCGUCUUCAGAAGCAUCUAGAUAAUCACACUAAAAAAACGUAACAUUUUGUUUUCCCGUAAGACUAUCCAAAAAUCUUUAAAAUAAGAAACAUUUAAUAUUAAGAAUUGUGUCUGAUAUUAACAGUUUUCAGCAACAUAUUGUGCCGUUUAUUUUUUCUAAACCCAUUGACAAAUUCUUGCUUUAAGAAUACAUGUAGGUUUAUGCUUAAAGCAAGAGAAAUAAUCUGAUGAUGGGGUAAAAAAAUCGUAAUUUAAGAUAUGCACUGAAUGCAAAGAAGUCUUUUUAUCUUACACAAUUUCUUUUUUUUUUUUGCAUUAUGGUUUGUCAUCUCGUUUUAUUGGUUUAACUGGCAAAACAAAUAUAUGGCAUUACGGUUAAAUAUGACUCUUCACACAUUUAAAUGCAUCCAUAUGCAAAGACUCAGACAUAUGUUCAUCUCAAAUGCAUGCCGCACAUACGUUGGUCUAGACUUGAAUUGUUAUACAGCGUCAGACACAACUGUAAUGCUUGAUGUAGUUUUAAAUGGCGACUCUCAGUUUUGUAUUGUACGUGUUAUUGACGAUUUGAAAACUGCACAGUACAUAGUACAUGCCUUCCUUGUUCUUUAACACCAAACAAAUCUAUUACGUAACUUGUAGGUUUAAAUAUCUUCACUUCUGGGUGUGCGGGACUAUUCAAGCACAUUUAAGGUGUUCUUCAAUAUGUUUGAAGCAGAUUGUCUCUGUACUUUUAUUUAAAUUUAUCAGGAAAAUGCUCAUUUUUUUAAGCUGGAUAGCUUAUUAACAGCAGUAUUAACAGCAAUGAAUGCAAUUAUAUCUACUUCUCGAGAUUGUUUUUCUCUUUUAAUCAGGUGUAUCAUUCAGACUGAACAUGUUUACAUAUGGCAUAUUCAUGUAAUGGCACUAAUAUCAUGUGAUGUCCUGUGAUUGACAUGUGAUCAUGUAUUCAUGCACAGAUAUUAAUAGAUAUGUUAAUGCCACCCCUACACAUGUAACUGCAUUUGUUUUAAUACUUCGGAGGCAAUAAUGUUUUUCAUCUCUGUCUUGUGGGGGAUGUUACUUUGAAAUUAAACUUGAAAAUUGG